AGUCGAGUGUCGAGCAUCAAACUUAAAGCAACAACUCGCUCGGUUUGUUGACUAAGAGUUUAGUAUUGGUCGGUAACGAGGUCGAUAACAAAAUAAAAAUCGAACAGUGAAACGAACUAUCGAACCAUUUGAUUAUUUAAAAAGAAUUAAUUGCUCAGCCAUCCAUAAUGGCGGAAGCAGAAGGAGGAUCUGAACAAGAUGACGUAUCUUUCCUUCGUACGGAAGAUAUGGUUUGUCUAAGUUGCACAGCAACUGGAGAAAGAGUUUGCUUGGCUGCAGAAGGCUUCGGAAACAGGCACUGCUUUCUUGAAAAUAUUGCAGAUAAAAAUAUUCCACCAGAUCUGUCAACAUGUGUUUUUGUAAUUGAACAAGCUCUUUCAGUAAGAGCCUUACAAGAACUUGUAACAGCAGCAGCUUCAGAAUCGGAAAACAGUUCAGUUGGAAAAGGUACAGGUUCUGGACAUAGAACUCUUUUAUAUGGUAAUGCCAUAUUACUGCGUCAUAAUAACUCCGACAUGUACCUGGCUUGUUUGUCAACUUCAUCGUCAAACGACAAGUUAUCAUUUGAUGUUGGUUUACAAGAACAUAGUCAUGGUGAAGCAUGUUGGUGGACUGUUCACCCUGCAAGUAAACAACGUUCGGAAGGUGAAAAAGUGCGUGUUGGGGACGACUUAAUUUUAGUAUCAGUAGCAACAGAAAGAUAUUUGCAUACAACUAAAGAAAACGAUUUUUCUAUUGUCAAUGCAAGUUUCCACGUUACACAUUGGUCUGUUCAACCUUAUGGAACUGGAAUAUCACGAAUGAAAUAUGUUGGCUUCGUUUUCGGUGGCGAUGUCUUGAGAUUCUUCCAUGGUGGUGACGAAUGUCUAACAAUUCCUUCCACAUGGAGUGAACAGGCAGGGCAGAACAUUGUUGUGUAUGAAGGUGGUUCUGUCAUGUCACAAGCUAGAUCAUUAUGGCGUUUAGAAUUAGCCAGAACAAAAUGGUCUGGUGGAUUCAUUAAUUGGUAUCAUCCAAUGAGAAUUAGACAUUUGACUACAGGGCGAUAUUUAGGUGUUAAUGAAAACAAUGAAUUAGUCUUGUUAGGAAGAGAUGACGCAACAACAGCACAAACAGCAUUUUGUUUACGUCUUGAAAAGGACGAUCAAAAGAUUGUGCUUGAAGAUAAAGAUUUAGAAAUUAUUGGAUCGCCGAUCAUUAAAUAUGGUGAUUCUACGGUUAUUGUUCAGCAUGCUGAAUCCGGACUUUGGCUUAGUUACAAAAGUUAUGAAACAAAGAAGAAAGGAGUUGGAAAAGUAGAAGAAAAGCAAGCUGUUCUCCAUGAAGAAGGAAAAAUGGAUGAUGGUUUGGAUUUCUCUCGAUCACAAGAAGAAGAAUCUAGAACCGCUCGAGUUAUCAGAAAAUGUAGCAGUUUAUUUACAAAAUUCAUCACCGGACUGGAAACACUUCAACAGAAUCGAAGACAUUCAUUGUUCUUUCAGACAGUAAAUUUAGGCGAAAUGGUGAUGUGCUUAGAAGAUUUAAUUAAUUAUUUUGCACAACCCGAAGACGACAUGGAACAUGAAGAAAAGCAGAAUAAGCUAAGAGCAUUGAGAAAUCGUCAAGACUUGUUUCAAGAAGAAGGCGUUCUUAAUCUCAUUCUCGAUGCUAUUGAUAAGAUAAAUGUAAUCACUUCACAAGGAUUCUUGUCAUCUUUCUUAGCGAGCGAUGAAAGUGGACAGAAUUGGGAUAUGAUUUCUGCUUAUCUUUAUCAAUUGUUAGCAGCAAUCAUCAAAGGAAAUCACACAAACUGUGCCCAAUUUGCUAAUUCAAAUCGACUUAAUUGGUUGUUUUCAAGAUUAGGAUCACAAGCGUCAAGUGAAGGUUCAGGAAUGUUAGAUGUCUUGCAUUGUGUUUUGAUUGAUUCACCAGAAGCAUUGAACAUGAUGCGUGAUGAACACAUAAAAGUCAUCAUCUCACUUCUCGAAAAACAUGGCAGAGAUCCAAAGGUUUUAGAUGUUUUAUGUUCACUUUGCGUUGGUAAUGGAGUUGCUGUUCGAUCAUCACAAAACAAUAUUUGUGACUAUUUAUUGCCUGGAAAGAACUUAUUGCUUCAAACACAGUUAGUUGAUCACGUGGCUAGUGUUAGACCAAACAUUUUUGUUGGAAGAGUUGAAGGAUCGUCUUUCUAUCAAAAAUGGUAUUUUGAAGUGACAACAGAUCAUAUUGAACAAGUGACGCACAUGGUUCCCCAUCUCCGAAUUGGAUGGGCUAAUUCUAUGGGAUAUCUUCCAUAUCCAGGUGGAGGCGAAAAAUGGGGUGGAAAUGGUGCUGGUGACGAUCUAUACAGUUAUGGUUUCGAUGGUGCUUAUUUAUGGACAGGAGGGAAGAAAACUGCUGUUAUGCCAGACGCACAAUCUGAGCCACUGAUUAGAAAAGGAGAUGUUAUAGGAUGUGCUUUAGAUUUAAGCGUUCCAAUUAUAACAUUCACUUUCAAUGGACAAAGAGUAAAAGGAUGUUUCAAAGAGUUUAACUUAGAUGGAAUGUUCUUCCCGGUUUUGAGUUGUUCAUCAAAGUUAAGUUGUCGUUUCUUGUUCGGUGGUGAUCAUGGUAGGUUGAAGUACAUGCCGCCAUAUGGAUACUCACCAUUAGUUCAGUGUUUAAUGCCACAUCAAAUAUUGUCAUUGGAUCCCUGCUUCUAUUUUGGUAAUCUUAGUAAAAAUGUUCUAGCAGGUCCUUGGCUUGUUGAGGAUGACACGGUUUUUGUGCCAAACCCUGUAGAUACAUCGAAUGUUUCUCUGCCAUCCUUUGUUGAAACCAUUAAAGAUAAGCUUGCUGAGAACAUUCACGAAAUGUGGGCACUCAAUAAAAUCGAAGCUGGCUGGCAAUGGGGUGAACGAAGAGAUGACUUUAUGAGAGUUCAUCCAUGUUUGACGCCAUUUGACAAACUUCCAGCUCCGGAAAAAAGAUACGAUUGUCAAUUAGCAGUGCAGACAUUAAAGACAAUUCUUGCCUUGGGAUAUUACAUCACAUUAGAUAAGCCACCAGCACGUAUCAGACCAAUAAGACUUCCCAAUGAUCCUUAUAUGCAAGCUAAUGGUUAUAAGCCAUCACCACUUGAUUUAAAUGCUGUCAAUUUAACUCCAAAGUUAGAAGAACUUGUUGAUCAACUCGCUGAAAAUACCCACAACUUGUGGGCAAAAGAGAGAAUUCAACAAGGAUGGACAUACGGAUUGAAUGAAGAUUCUGAAAACUAUCGAAGCCCUCACCUUGUGCCAUACUCAAAAGUCGAUGAAGCAAUCAAGAAAGCAAACAGAGAUACAGCAUCUGAAACUGUUAGAACUUUAUUAGUUUAUGGAUACAUUUUGGAUCCACCCACGCAAGAAGCAAAUGAGGCUUUAUUGGCAGAAGCAUUGAGACAAAAAUACGCUGCAUUUAGAACGUAUCGUGUUGAAAAAACGUAUGCAGUAACAUCAGGCAAAUGGUAUUUUGAGUUUGAAGUUUUAACUGCCGGUCCAAUGAGAGUUGGAUGGGCACGAUCUGAUGCCAAUCCAGGAAUGAUGUUAGGAAGCGAUGAUAGUUCAUGGGCGUUUGAUGGCUACAACGAAGAGAAGAUCUCUGGUGGAGGCGCUGAGUCAUUUGGUAAACAAUGGGGUCCAGGUGACAUUGUUGGAGUCUUUCUCGAUCUUGUGGACCACACCAUUAGUUUCUCUUUAAAUGGUGAACUGCUUAUGGAUGCAUUGGGUGGUGAAACAAGUUUUGCUGACGUUCAUGCAGAAGGUGUUGGAUUCGUUCCUGCUUGUACUUUGGGUGUUGGACAAAAGGCAAGAUUAACAUAUGGACAGAAUGUAGAUACGUUGAAAUUCUUUUCAACUUGUGGAUUACAAGAAGGCUACGAACCUUUUUGCGUAAACAUGAAACGACCCGUGACUCAUUGGUAUACCAAAGAUCAGCCAAUUUUCGAGAACACAGAGGACAUUGGUGGGUGCGUAAUUGAUGUCACGAGAAUUCCUGGUGGAUCGGACACACCACCAUGCUUGAAGAUUUCACACAAUACUUUCGAAACGAUGGAGAAGGCAAAUUGGGAGUUUUUGCGAUUGUCAUUGCCUGUAACUUGUCACAAUACAUUUAUUGAUGAGAAAGAAAAAGCUCGUCGAUGGGAAGAAAUAAAAUUAAGACAACAUCGAUUGAUGGCAGAAGCAGAACGUGCCCCAACACAUAUAGCUCAAUUUGAUCAUAUAAUGAGAUCGGGAUUCACAAUGAAUGAUAUUAAAGGACUUCAUAGAAAUUACAAUGAAGACGCUGUUGAGUCUGAUGAAGUUUUACGUUCUAGUCCAAAUCGACCACCUAGAAAAGGAUCUUUGGUGCGUGGAAAUUAUGAUGGAAAUACUUUAGAAAUUAAUGGAAGAAUGCACAGAUCAUCAAGUAAUCUUGACAUGAAUUAUGGAGCCGAUGAAAAGGAUGACAAGAAGAAACGAGGCCGAUCGCCUUUCCGACUUUUCGGCAAGAAACGAGAUCAAUCAAAAGAAAAGAUCAAAAAGAAUGAAGCUGAAGAGAAACGUAAUCAAGGAAGAAAUGUUAUUCAGUCAAAUUUGAUGUCACGAACAGCACCAACAGUUCGAGUUUCAAAUGCUGAUUUACGAGUUCAAGCUCCCCAAGUUCCUGAUAGAAAUCAGAAAAAUUUGGGAUCCCAAAAUAUCGAAUCAAUCGGAAAUGAAGUUUACGAUAGUGAAUGUUUAAAAUUAAUUAAUGAAUAUUUCUACGGUGUUCGUAUCUAUCCUGGUCAAGAUCCAACUCAUGUUUACAUUGGUUGGGUGACAACUCAAUAUCAUCUUCAUAGUCACGACUUUAAGCAAGAUAAAGUACGACGAGCCGCGUUAAUCGUUGAAGAUGAUUACGAACAAAUUAUUGAAAAAGUCGGACGUCAAGCGUGUUACAUGGUUCGAGCUGAUGAAUUGUUUAAUGAAGUCACUCAAGAUGCUUCUGGUAAAGGCGCAAGUCAAGGAAUGUUUGUUGGCUGUUUUGUUGACACUGCAACAGGAACAAUUAAAUUCACUUGCGAAGGAAAGGAAACUUCACAUCGAUGUAAACUUAUUUUCCGAUUCGAUAAAACAGAUUUGAACAUGUUUUCAAUCCUUCUUUCAGAUUUGAUGGAACCUGGCACAAAGCUUUUCCCUGCAAUCUUCGUCGAAGCAACAAGCAAAGAAAUUCUUCAAAUCGAAUUAGGACGAACACCAACAGCACUUUCCUUGUCAGCUGCUGUGCUGCCAACAAGUGACAAACAUGUCAAUCCUCAAUUCCCACCAAGACCUAAAGUCCAAUGUUUGAAGCCUCAUCAAUGGCCAAGAGUUCCAAAUGUUGCUUUACAAAUUCAUGCUUUAAAACUUUCUGAUCUUCGUGGUUGGUCGAUGCUUUGUGAAGAUGCGAUUUCAAUGCUUGCACUUCAUAUUCCUGAAGAAGACCGAUGCAUAGACAUUCUCGAACUUAUAGAAAUGGACAAACUUUUAUCGUUCCAUUCACACACUUUGACAUUAUACGCUGCUUUGUGCUAUCAGUCAAACUAUCGAGCAGCACACGCACUGUGUCUUCAUGUCGAUCAAAAGCAAUUGCUUUAUGCCAUCAAAUCUGAAUACAUGAGUGGACCAUUACGAUUAGGAUUCUACGAUUUACUUAUUGCACUUCAUCUUGAGUCUCAUGCUACAACAAUGGAAGCAUGUAAAAAUGAAUUUAUCAUACCUUUAGGUCCAGAACUCAAAAACUUAUAUAACAAUUAUGACAUGUGUCAUUCACUUCGUUCACUUCAAAUGGAAUCUGUCAGGCCAACAAUGAAAAUGACAGACAUUGUAUCAUUGGUUCCUUUAGAAGAUCUCCAAGGAGUCCUUAGCUUGAAAUUCACAUUGCAAAAUCCAGCAGCUGGCGAAGAACGUCCAAAAUCGGAUAUGCCAUCAGGUCUCAUUCCUGGUCAUAAGCAAAGUGUUGUGAUGUUCCUUGAACGUGUCUAUGGAAUUGAAACUCAAGAAUUAUUCUACAAACUUUUGGAAGACGCUUUUCUUCCCGAUUUGCGUGCUGCAACAAUGUUAGAUCGAAGUGAUGGUUCUGAAAGUGACAUGGCGUUAUUUUACAAUGAAGCUGAGAACUACGCCAGUUUGUUAGAUGCAACACUUCACACAGUUUAUCGUUUGUCAAAGAAUCGAAUGCUUACAAAAGGUCAACGUGAAGCUGUUUCAGAUUUUCUUGUUGCUUUGACAACAGCCAUGCAACCAGCAAUGUUACUCAAAUUGCUACGGAAAUUAACAAUUGAUGUAUCAAAAUUAUCUGAGUACACAACUGUAGCAUUGCGUCUUCUUACUUUGCAUUACAAGAGAUGCGCUAAAUAUUAUGAGGAAACAAUUGUUCGAGCACUUUUAUCACCACAUCACACGAUUCCACCAUUUCUUGAAGGGCGAAUUGUGUUUACAAAAGUCAAUGAGCAUGUGAUUCCUUUCAAAGAUCCGACAUCUGAUAUGGCGAAGUUAGCACAUAAAGGCAUCACUCAAGAUGCUUCUGGUAAAGGCGCAAGUCAAGGAAUGUUUGUUGGCUGUUUUGUUGACACUGCAACAGGAACAAUUAAGUUCACUUGCGAAGGAAAAGAAACUUCACAUCGAUAUUUAAUGGAAUCUGGCACUAAGCUUUUCCCUGCAAUCUUCGUCGAAGCAACAAGCAAAGAAAUUCUUCAAAUCGAAUUAGGACGAACACCAACAGCACUUUCCUUGUCAGCUGCUGUGCUGCCAACAAGUGACAAACAUGUCAAUCCUCAAUUCCCACCAAGACCUAAAGUCCAAUGUUUGAAGCCUCAUCAAUGGCCAAGAGUUCCAAAUGUUGCUUUACAAAUUCAUGCUUUAAAACUUUCUGAUCUUCGUGGUUGGUCGAUGCUUUGUGAAGAUGCUAUUUCAAUGCUUGCACUUCAUAUUCCUGAAGAAGACCGAUGCAUAGACAUUCUCGAACUUAUAGAAAUGGACAAACUUUUAUCGUUCCAUUCACACACUUUGACAUUAUACGCUGCUUUGUGCUAUCAGUCAAACUAUCGAGCAGCACACGCACUGUGCCUUCAUGUCGAUCAAAAGCAAUUGCUUUAUGCCAUAAAAUCUGAAUACAUGAGUGGACCAUUACGAUUAGGAUUCUACGAUCUACUUAUUGCACUUCAUCUUGAGUCUCAUGCUACAACAAUGGAAGCAUGUAAAAAUGAAUUUAUCAUACCUUUAGGUCCGGAACUCAAGAACUUGUAUAACAAUUAUGAUAUGUGUCAUUCACUUCGUUCACUUCAAAUGGAAUCUGUCAGACCAACAAUGAAAAUGACAGAUAUUGUUCCUCCCCCAACUUCUAAUAUACCGCAAAUAGUAGCGCAAGGUAUUUCCAGUGAGCCGAUUCCCGUCAUUGAUCAACUCUAUUCGCCACGUUUUCCAUUGGAAGUGGUGAGACAAUUUGUAAUGGGAGCUAUUCUAGAAGCUGUCGAGAUCAAUCAAGUCCAUAAUCGUGAUCCAAUUGGUGGAUCAAAUGAAAACUUAUUCUUGCCUUUAAUAAAACUUACUGAUCGACUGCUAUUGGUCGGCGUUCUAACUGAUGAAGAUAUUGAUAAACUUUUAUUGAUGAUCGAUCCAGAGACUUGGGAUCAAACAUUUGAUAGAGAAGGAAAAGAUGAACACAAGAAAGGACUUUUAACUAUGAAGAUGGCUGAAGGUGCUAAACUUCAAAUGUGCUAUUUGUUGCAACAUUUAUGCGACAUUCAAUUAAGACAUCGUGUUGAGAGUAUAAUUGCUUUCUCCCAUGACUUUGUUGGCGAUUUACAAUCCGAUCAACUUAGAAGAUACGUUGAAAUCAAACAAUCAGAUCUGCCAAGUGCGGUUGCUGCGAAGAAAACCAGAGAGUUCCGUUGUCCACCUCGUGAACAAAUGAAUGCAAUUUUAGGUUUUAAAAAUAUGGAAGAAGAUGACGAGAAUAUACCGUGUGGCGGUGAUUUGAGGGAAAAUUUGAAUGGAUUUUACGAACACCUUAUGGGUAAAGUGUCUUUGAAUGCACUCGUUGAACCUGAACCAUCAGAAGAUGCCAUUGUUGAAAAACCAGGAGCUAUGAAGAAAUUAUAUAAUUUCAUUAAUGCCGUUAAAGAAAUGGAUGAAGAAGGAAAGGAAGGCGAAGAACCUGUGAAGAAAACACCUGAAGAAAUCUUCAGGAAAGUGUUGAUCAGGACAAUUGUGUCGUGGGCAGAAGAAUCACAAAUUGAAACACCAAAACUUGUUCGUGAAAUGUUCAGUUUAUUAGUUCGGCAGUAUGACACUGUUGGUGAGUUAAUUCGCGCUCUUGAGAAAACUUAUGUCAUUAAUGCGAAAACAAAGGAUGAUGUUGCUGCAAUGUGGAUUGGUUUGAGUCAAAUCCGAGCUUUAUUGCCUGUUCAAAUGAGUCAAGAGGAAGAAGAGUUGAUGCGUAAGAGAUUAUGGAAAUUGGUCAACAAUCACACUUUCUUCCAACAUCCUGAUUUAAUUAGAGUUUUGAGAGUCCACGAGAAUGUCAUGGCAGUGAUGAUGAAUACAUUGGGUCGACGUGCACAAGCUCAAAGUGAUGCACCAGUAACUUCAGGUGAAGGAAAUGAAGCUCCAAUUGCAAUUUAUUUGUCACGUUGUGGAUUGCAAAGCAAUUCUGAACUUGUUGAGAAAGGCUACCCAGAUUUGGGUUGGGAUCCAGUGGAAGGUGAAAGAUUCUUAGAUUUCCUUCGUUUCUGUGUUUGGGUUAACGGAGAAAGUGUUGAAGAGAAUGCCAACUUGGUUAUCAGACUUCUCAUUCGUAGACCAGAAUGUUUGGGACCAGCAUUACGAGGAGAGGGCGAAGGUUUAUUGAAGGCAAUCAUUGAUGCAAAUAAAAUGUCAGAGAGAAUCGCCGAUCGCCGUAAAAUGCAAGAUGAAGCUGAAGGUCAAAUAGCUAGCGCAUUAUUCAAUCAUCCAUUACCAGAAAGUGAUGACGAUGAAGAUUAUAUCGAUACAGGUGCAGCCAUUCUUGCUUUCUAUUGCACCCUUGUGGAUUUGUUAGGUCGUUGCGCUCCUGAUGCUUCUGUUAUUGAGCAAGGAAAGAAUGAAUCACUUCGUGCUCGUGCCAUUCUAAGAUCAUUGGUUCCUUUAGAAGAUCUCCAAGGAGUCCUUAGCUUGAAAUUCACAUUGCAAAAUCCAGCAGCUGGCGAAGAACGUCCAAAAUCAGAUAUGCCAUCAGGUCUCAUUCCUGGUCAUAAGCAAAGUGUUGUGAUGUUCCUUGAACGUGUCUAUGGAAUUGAGACUCAAGAAUUAUUCUACAAACUUUUGGAAGACGCUUUUCUUCCCGAUUUGCGUGCUGCAACAAUGUUAGAUCGAAGUGAUGGUUCUGAAAGUGACAUGGCGUUAUUUUACAAUGAAGCUGAGAACUACGCCAGUUUGUUAGAUGCAACACUUCACACAGUUUAUCGUUUGUCAAAGAAUCGAAUGCUUACAAAAGGUCAACGUGAAGCUGUUUCAGAUUUUCUUGUUGCUUUGACAACAGCCAUGCAACCAGCAAUGUUACUCAAAUUGCUACGGAAAUUAACAAUUGAUGUAUCAAAAUUAUCUGACUUCUUACUUUGCAUUACAAGAGAUGCGCUAAAUAUUAUGGUUCAAGGUGGUCAAGGAUCUUAUGGAACAUCAUCGGAUGAAGAGAAACGUCUGACGAUGUUAUUGUUCUCAAAUAUUUUUGAUUCAUUGAGUAACAUGGAUUAUGAUCCCGAACUUUUCGGCAAAGCACUUCCAUGUUUGAUUGCAAUUGGAUGUGCACUUCCACCAGAUUACAGUUUAUCAAAGAAUACCGAUGACGAUUUGUAUGGAAAGCCAACUGGAGGUGGACCAGAUCAACCUCAAUACAAUCCUCAACCCAUCAACACUUACAGUGUUAAUCUUAACAAUGAUUUGAAUACAAUCACUCAAAAGUUCAGUGAACAUUAUCACGAUGCAUGGGCGAGUAGAAAACUCGAGAAUGGUUGGGUUUAUGGUGAACAAUGGUCAGAUUCACAGAAGAAUCAUCCAAGACUUAAGCCUUAUAACAUGCUUAACGAUUAUGAAAAGGAAAGAUACAAAGAUCCAGUACGUGAGAGUUUGAAAGCUCUUUUGGCACUUGGUUGGACAGUUGAACAAUCAGAAUCUGAAUUACCAAGUUCAUCACGAGGAUCAAUCAGAAGGAACUCAAAACCAGAGAAGAGAAAGGAUCGAGAACGUUCACAAGAGUUUUUGAAGUAUCUGCAAUAUCAAGGUUACAAAUUCCAUAAACCAUCGAAAGGAACUGCUGAUGCUGAACAAGUAAAUGUUCAAGCAGCGAUUGAAUUACGAUUUGCUUAUUCAUUAUUGGAAAAGCUUAUUCAAUAUCUCGAUCGUGCAACUGUCAACAUGAAAUUAUUGAAACCAUCAACGACAUUCAGCCGAAUAUCAUCGUUUAAAACGAGCUCUCGUGACAUCAAAUUCUUCUCGAAAGUCGUUUUACCACUUAUGGAGAAAUAUUUCUCGACAAAUAGAAAUUAUUUCAUUGCGAUAGCAACAGCCACUAACAAUAUUGGAGCAGCUUCUUUGAAAGAGAAGGAAAUGAUCGCAGCUUUGUUCUGUAAACUUGGGAAUCUUUUAAGAAAUCGAUUAACAGCUUUUGGUGCUGAUGUUCGCAUCACUGUUCGAUGUCAACAAGUUUUAGUGAAAAGCAUUGACGCUAAAUCCCUUGUGAAGAAUUGUCCAGAAUUUAUUCGAACAUCGAUGUUGACAUUCUUCAACAACACAGCCGAUGAUCUCGGACAUACAAUAACAAAUCUUGUUGAUGGAAAGUAUAGCCACUUACGUGGAACACAUUUGAAGACUUCAACAUCGUUGCAGUAUGUCAAUCAGGUCAUUCUUCCAGUUCUUACAGCGAUGUUUGAUCAUUUAGCUGCUUGUGAUUAUGGAAGCGAUUUAUUGAUUGAUGAAAUUCAAGUUGCAUCAUACAAAAUAUUAUCAGCUUUGUAUACUUUGGGCACUGAUCAAACUCUAACACGUGAUCGCAAAUAUUUGAAGACAGAGUUUGAACGACAUAAACCAGCACUUGGAUCUUGCCUUGGAGCAUUUAGUUCAUGCUUCCCUGUAGCUUACUUGGAACCUCAAUCAAACAAGCACAAUCCAUUUUCCCUUCUUAAUCGUAUUGCUGAUCAUUCAUUAGAAGCACAAGAUAUUAUGGCGAAAAUGGAACAGACAAUGCCAACACUUGAAACAAUCAUGCAGGAAGUUGAACAAUAUGUUGAAUCAGAAAAGAGUUAUCAAGAAGCUCAGCAUGUUAUUGAUGUUAUUAUGCCACUUCUUUGUUCUUAUUUGCCAUUUUGGUGGGCACAAGGUCCUGACAAUGUCAGUCCAACUUCUGGUAAUCAUGUGACGAUUGUGACAGCCGAUCAUAUGAAUCAACUUCUCAAACACGUGUUGAAACUUAUUAAAAAGAAUAUUGGUAAUGAAAAUGCUCCGUGGAUGACCCGAAUUGCUGCAUACACUCAACAAAUCAUUAUAAAUAGUUCCGAAGAACUUCUUAAAGAUCCUUUCUUACCAUUGGCUGAAAGAGUUAAACGACGAGUCGACAACAUGUUCCACAAGGAAGAAAGUUUACGAGGAUUUUUGAAAUCGUCAACUGAUGACACAUCGCAAGUUGAAUCACAAAUUCAAGAAGACUGGCAAUUAUUAGUUCGCGACAUUUAUUCAUUCUAUCCUUUACUUAUUAAAUACAGUCAAUAUUUCUUAAAAGAAGAACAGAACUUUAUUAGUGCUAAUGAAAUUGACAACAUGGCACUUAUCAUGCCCACGGCAUCACGUCGAACCCAAACUGCUGUCGAAGGUCAGCCACAAAGUGCUGGAAAAAUUAAGAAAAAGAAGAAAAAUCGCGACAAGAAACGUGACAAAGAUAAGGAAAUUCAAGCAAGUUUAAUGGUGGCAUGUUUAAAACGAUUGUUGCCUGUUGGCUUAAACUUAUUUGCUGGAAGAGAACAAGAACUUGUUCAACAUUGCAAAGAUCGUUACUUAAAGAAAACUCAAGAACAUGAAGUUGUUGAAUUCGCAAGAACUCAACUUACACUUCCUGACAAAUUGGAUCCCGCUGAUGAAAUGAGUUGGCAACAUUAUCUCUAUUCUAAAUUAGGUAAAAAGGAUGAACAACCAAUUGAUGAGUCACUUGAAAAAUCAUCGAACGACAAAAAAGGAGAAGAAAAGAAAAUUCAAGAUACUGUCGAGCGAAUUGUUGCGAUGGCUAAAGUUUUAUAUGGUUUACAUAUGAUUGAUCAUCCUCAACAACAAAGUAAGAAUGUUUAUCAUUCGGUAGUUAGCAUUCAGAGAAAGCGAGUUGUCAUCGCAUGUUACAGACAAACGUCUUUGCACUCAUUGCCAAGACAUCGAGCCUGUAAUAUCUUUGCAAAGACCUUUUACGAACUUUGGCUGCAAGAAGAAAAUGUUGGCCAGGAAGUCAUGAUUGAGGAUUUAACUCAAUCAUUUGAAGAUUCAGAGAAGAAGAAAAAGGAAGACGAAGAAGAUGAAGGAAAGCCUGAUCCUCUCACUCAAUUGAUUACAACUUUCUGUCGUGGAGCGAUGACUGAACGAUCAGGAGCUUUACAAGAAGAUCCUUUAUACAUGUCAUACGCUGAAAUUAUCGCCAAAUCAUGUGGUGAAGAAGAAGAAGAAGGUGGAGAAGAAGAAGAAGCUGAAGGUGAAGAAGAAGGCGGUGCAAGUAUCCAUGAACAAGAAAUGGAGAAGCAGAAGCUUUUGUUCCAUCAAGCUCGUCUUGCAAAUCGUGGAGUAGCUGAGAUGGUUUUGCUACACAUAUCAGCAUCGAAAGGUGUUCCAAGUGAAAUGGUUAUGAAGACUCUUGAACUUGGUAUCGCAGUCUUACGUGGUGGUAAUAUUGACAUUCAAAUGCGAAUGUUGAAUCAUCUUAAAGACAAAAAGGAUGUCGGUUUCUUCACAUCCAUUGCUGGGCUUAUGAAUAGCUGCAGUGUUCUCGAUCUUGACGCUUUUGAAAGAAAUACUAAAGCAGAAGGUUUGGGUGUUGGUUCCGAAGGCGCUGCUGGUGAAAAGAACAUGCAUGACGCUGAAUUUACUUGCGCUUUGUUCCGUUUCAUACAGUUGACUUGCGAAGGUCACAAUUUGGAAUGGCAAAAUUAUUUGAGAACUCAAGCAGGAAACACAACAACUGUCAAUGUUGUCAUUUGCACUGUCGAUUAUCUUUUAAGAUUGCAGGAAUCUAUCAUGGACUUCUAUUGGCAUUAUUCAAGUAAAGAACUUAUUGAUCCCGCAGGAAAAAUCAAUUUCUUCAAAGCCAGCGGUGUUGCCAGUCAAGUGUUCAACACUCUUACUGAAGUCAUUCAAGGUCCAUGUACACAGAAUCAACAAGCACUCGCUCAUUCAAGAUUAUGGGAUGCCGUUGGUGCACUCGUCGGAUCUCUCACAAUUGGAGCCACGUUUUUAUUCUCUCCAAUUUCUGGAAUAUUAGUUGAUAAACUCGGACUUAGAACGACAACAUUUAUAGGUGGAUUACUGACGACAUCUGGGAUGUUUCUUUCAUCAUAUUUUGUUGACGAACCAUUCAAUCCCGACAAUGUGACGAUGCUUUGUUUAACUUAUGGAAUAAUGUUUGGAACAGGUGCUGCUUUAGCUUACACCCCAACACUUGCUAUUCUCGGUCACUACUUCAAACGUUAUCUUGGAGUAGUUAAUGGAUUGGUGACUGCAGGUUCUUCAGUAUUUACUGCUUUGCUUCCAGGAGCUUUAACGUACAUUGAAAUCAAUUAUGGACUUAAGAAAUGUUUAAUAACGUUGACAUUUCUCUCAAGCUUUAUAAUACUCUGUGCGAUUGUUUACAAGCCUUUGCAACCUCCGCCUCCACCUAAGGAGAAAAAAAGUGGACGANAAAAGAAAUUUAAUGAUUUUAACUUACCAUUUAAUAAAUUUCUGUGCUAUCAAACUAAUAUUUUUUUAAUGCUUCAUGAUGAAAGUAAUUUUAUAAUGAUUUUAAUUUCAAACAGACAUCGAGCCUGUAAUAUCUUUGCAAAGACCUUUUACGAACUUUGGCUGCAAGAAGAAAAUGUUGGCCAGGAAGUCAUGAUUGAGGAUUUAACUCAAUCAUUUGAAGAUUCAGAGAAGAAGAAAAAGGAAGACGAAGAAGAUGAAGGAAAGCCUGAUCCUCUCACUCAAUUGAUUACAACUUUCUGUCGUGGAGCGAUGACUGAACGAUCAGGAGCUUUACAAGAAGAUCCUUUAUACAUGUCAUACGCUGAAAUUAUCGCCAAAUCAUGUGGUGAAGAAGAAGAAGAAGGUGGAGAAGAAGAAGAAGCUGAAGGUGAAGAAGAAGGCGGUGCAACAUCGAAAGGUGUUCCAAGUGAAAUGGUUAUGAAGACUCUUGAACUUGGUAUCGCAGUCUUACGUGGUGGUAAUAUUGACAUUCAAAUGCGAAUGUUGAAUCAUCUUAAAGACAAAAAGGAUGUCGGUUUCUUCACAUCCAUUGCUGGGCUUAUGAAUAGCUGCAGUGUUCUCGAUCUUGAUGCUUUUGAAAGAAAUACAAAAGCAGAAGGUUUGGGUGUUGGUUCCGAAGGCGCUGCUGGCGAAAAGAACAUGCAUGAUGCUGAAUUUACUUGCGCUUUGUUCCGUUUCAUUCAGUUGACUUGUGAGGGUCACAAUUUGGAAUGGCAAAAUUAUUUGAGAACUCAAGCAGGAAACACAACAACUGUCAAUGUUGUCAUUUGCACUGUCGAUUAUCUUUUAAGAUUGCAAGAAUCUAUCAUGGACUUCUAUUGGCAUUAUUCUAGCAAAGAACUUAUUGAUCCCGCAGGAAAAAUCAAUUUCUUCAAAGCCAUCGGUGUUGCCAGUCAAGUUUUCAACACUCUUACUGAAGUCAUUCAAGGUCCAUGUACACAGAAUCAACAAGCACUCGCUCAUUCAAGAUUGUGGGAUGCCGUUGGUGGUUUCUUAUUCUUAUUCUCACAUAUGCAAGAAAAGUUAUCGAAGCAUUCAAGUCAAGUUGAUUUAUUGAAAGAACUUCUCAAUCUUCAAAAAGAUAUGAUUACAAUGAUGUUGUCAAUGCUUGAAGGGAAUGUUGUGAAUGGAACAAUUGGAAAACAAAUGGUUGACACGUUGGUUGAAUCGGCAUCAAACGUUGAAUUGAUUCUCAAAUAUUUCGACAUGUUCUUGAAAUUAAAAGAUUUAACAUCAGCUCCAAGUUUUCUUGAAAUUGAUCCCAAUAAUGAUGGAUGGGUGUUGCCGAAAGAUUUCAAAGAGAAGAUGGAACAACAGAAGAGUUACACACCUGAGGAAAUUGAAUUCUUAUUAGCUUGUUGUGAGGUCAAUCAUGAUGGAAAAGUUGAUUACAUUGGAUUCUGUGAUCGUUUCCACGAACCAUCGAAGGAAAUCGGUUUUAAUUUGGCUGUUUUGCUGACAAAUUUAAGCGAACAUAUGCCGAAUGAACCGAGACUUGCAAGAUUCCUUGAAACUGCUGGUUCUGUUCUCAACUAUUUCGAACCAUUUUUAGGAAGAAUCGAAAUUUUAGGAUCGUCAAAGAAAAUUGAAAGAGUUUACUUUGAAAUAAAGGAAUCGAACAUCGAGCAAUGGGAGAAACCACAAAUCAAAGAAUCAAAACGUGCUUUCUUCUACUCAAUUGUGACUGAAGGUGGCGACAAAGAGAAACUCGAAGCAUUCGUUAAUUUCUGCGAAGAUGCUAUUUUUGAAAUGACACAUGCAUCGGAGAUUAUGGCAACUGAUGAGAAAGGUGGCAAUGUUAAACGUGAUGGUGCACAUUAUAGUUCCUACAUCAGUGAAGAAGAUGAAGAAAAAGCUGCAAGAGAUCCAAUCCGAAGAAGUGUUCAAUCAGUUAAAGAUGGAUUUAAAAAUCUCGCAUUCUUAUUAAGUCCCACCAACAUUAAACAUCAAAUUGGCGUCAUGCAAACUAAAUCGAUUCCUGAACUUAUCGUAGGAUUUUUCAAAAUGAUUUUAUACUCUUUCUAUUAUUCUGGUUACGGUUUUUAUGCGGUUUUGAGAUAUUUCUUUAACAUUUUAAUGAAUUUAAUGCGUGGACCUGCAGUCGAAGAAGAAGAACUUCCACUUUUAGCUGAAGCCGAAGUGCUUCCGACCUUAGCAUUGCCACCUCUGCCUAUAGAAGAGCCACAAAGUUCUGUUCAAGAAAGCAGUAAAGAUGAAAGUGGGCAAGCAAGAACAGAUGGUCAAGCGCAAGGACAAUCAAGUACUGGUGAUGAUGCUGGAGGUGAAGGAACUUCUAAUGAUCAAACUGGUGAAAAUGCUGACGGUGAAGUUCAAGCUGAACCUCCAAUGACACUUCAAGAUUUGUUAGGAGGUGAAGCAGCAAAAGCAGCUGAGAAAGAAAGAUCUGAAGCUCAAAAAGUUCAAGAAGCUGCAAUGCUGUCAAUCGAAGCGGAGAAUCGAAAAUCAUCACAAGCUCCUGCUGAACCAGCUGCUGUCAAUCAAAUUGAUUUCUCACAGUACGCUCAUAAAGCAGUCAGUUUUCUUGCUAGAAACUUCUACAAUUUGAAAUAUGUGGCACUCGUGCUCGCUUUCUGCAUUAAUUUCAUGCUUUUGUUCUACAAAGUUACAACACUCGGCGAAGAUGUGGAAAGUUCUGGAGAUGGUGAAUUGGCUGAUCUCGCUUCGGGAUCAGGGUCUGGAUCAGGGGCUGGUGGUAUUGAGUUGGGAAGUUCCGAUGGUAGUGGAGAAGAUGAAGAAGAAGAUCCUCUAGAACUGGUACAAGUCGACGAAGUUUAUAUCGAACAUGUUAUGAGAUGUGCUGCAGCUUUGCAUAGUUUAGUGUCGUUGUGCAUGUUGAUCGCUUAUUAUCAUCUGAAGGUUCCAUUGGCUAUUUUCAAACGUGAAAAGGAAAUUGCAAGACGACUUGAGUUUGACGGUCUCUUUAUUGCUGAACAUCCUGAAGAUGAUGACAUCAAAUCUCAUUGGGAUAGAUUAGUGAUAAGUUCAAAGAGUUUUCCUGUGAAUUAUUGGGACAAAUUCGUUAAAAAGAAAGUCAGACAAAAGUACAGUGAAACUUAUGAUUUUGAUUCAAUUUCGAAUCUUUUGGGAAUGGAAAAAUCAGCUUUUGGUACACAAGAAGUAACAGAAAGUGGAGGAAUCAUUCAUUUUAUUAUGAAUAUUGACUGGAGAUAUCAAGUAUGGAAAGCGGGAGUGACAAUAACAGAUAAUUCUUUCCUUUACUCCUUGUUUUAUUUCACAUUUUCGAUUCUUGGAAAUUUCAACAACUUCUUCUUUGCUGCUCAUUUACUUGAUGUUGCUGUUGGUUUUAAGACAUUGCGAACCAUUUUGCAGUCAGUAACGCACAACGGCAAACAACUUGUAUUGACUGUUAUGCUUUUGACCAUCAUUGUGUAUAUUUACACGGUUAUCGCUUUCAAUUUCUUCCGUAAAUUUUACAUACAAGAAGAAGAGGAAGAAGUUGAUAAAAAAUGUCAUGACAUGUUGACAUGUUUCGUUUUCCAUCUAUAUAAAGGUGUAAGAGCUGGUGGUGGUAUAGGGGAUGAAAUUGGCGAUCCUGAUGGAGAUGAUUAUGAAGUUUAUCGAAUCAUUUUUGAUAUCACAUUCUUCUUCUUCAUUAUUGUUAUCUUGCUUGCCAUCAUUCAGGGUUUGAUUAUCGAUGCCUUUGGUGAACUUCGUGAUCAACUUGAGUCUGUCAAAGAUGAUAUGGAAAGUAAUUGCUUCAUAUGCGGCAUUGGAAAAGAUUAUUUUGAUAAAGUUCCGCAUGGUUUCGAUACUCACGUCGCACAGGAACAUAAUUUGGCAAAUUAUAUGUUCUUCCUUAUGCAUCUUAUUAAUAAACCUGAUACCGAGUACACGGGUCAGGAGACUUAUGUUUGGAAUAUGUAUCAACAACGAUGUUGGGACUUCUUCCCUAAAAGAAUUAUGGCUGCAUAUGCUGCGUUUAAACACGUUGAACUCUAUAAUGUAGGAAGCGGCAAGAAAAGAGUUUUAAAGCCACCAGGUGGAGGAAGCAGCGAUAUUUUCGCUGGAACUGAUGUGGCUUCAACACCACGUUCAAUCAAGAAUCAUAUGAAAUCAAACAUUUUUUCAGCUCCGUCUCCGGUCAAAAACUCAACAGGUGAUGUUCGCCGACAACAAUUCGAUUCACAUAACCGAUUGUUCGGCGAUGUAGAUCGUCCGUAUACACCGGCUAAGAAUCACCUUAAGAGUAAUAUUCCAAUUGGUGGCGAUGAAGGCGAUUCAUCGUUGAAGCAUUCAAAUGGAAAAGGUCAUAUUAAUUCUUCCCGUGAGCAUAUUAAUGGAUCCGAAAAUGGAAAAAGUUGUGACUUUAAUGAGAAUUAUAGUCAUUCAACAGAGGAUAAUCUCAAUACUUCCAAAUAUUAUGUUAUCGAUGUGAAUAACUUAUGCAAAGCCUCAAAUUAUUUGAAUCCGACUUAUAAUUCAAAAAUCAAUUUCUGCAUUAACGACGAUUACAUGUCGAUUGCAAAUAACGAAAAUAACAAUAACAGAAGCCCUUUGAGUAUUCGACAUAAAAGAGAAAGUAAAUUUUAUGAUGAAAACAUGAACUAUGCUACACCUUUGAUUAACAAUGCAUAUGAUUCAAAAAUUUGUAGAAAAGCAUUAAGCAAUUCUCUCACAGAUGGAAAUUCUUUUAACGGUGAAACUAUUAAGCCAUCUGGAGAAAAUGUUGCUCCAUCGAAUCAUGUUGUUAAUAAGAAUCGUAUUCCACCAGGCGGCUUUUCUUCUGGUUUGUGGUAAUCAUCAGCAUCAUCUUUAAAUGAAACUUCUUUUCUUUUAUUUUCUAUCUACAUUUUUCAAAUCUAUUGAAAACUUGUUCAACAAAAACAUAAUUCAACAUUACAGUGACUUUUGAAGCGAUGAAGAAAAAUCAGAAUUGAUUUCUCAUAAAACAUCACCGAACUUUUUUCUUUAUUUUACAAAACUUUCACAUGGAUGCUAAUUAACUUUUCUUUAAAAUUUCGUAAUCUUUUAUUAAAACAUAAAAAAUUGAAGUCUUUAAGAAAUCAUUUCUUUUAUGCAUUUUCUAAAUGUUUUAGCGCAACUAAAUAUAUUUAAUAGCAAUAAGAAGAAGAGAAAAAAAUCAACGCGAAACAGAAGCCUUUAGAGAAAUUUUCAAUAAUAGACGAACAACAAAAAUUGCAAACCAAUUAAAAAUUUUCAGCAAUUCAAAAAAAUAUCACGGAAAGAUAAAAGCUUGCUAAAUUUCUCUUCCGUGAGUUAAAACAACAAAAAAAAUAUUAUAUUGCAUUAUAAUAAAAAUAAGAAUAAUAAUAACAGCGAUACAUGAAAUACCUUCAAUAAAAGAUGAUAGUUUUGAACAAAAAAACAACAAGUGAA